AAAAAAAUUCUUUUCAAUACCUCGGUGGUUCGUCUUGUAAGAAAAAGAAAAUUAGAAAAAGGGAAAGAAAAAAAAGGGAGAAAAGGAAAAUAAAAAGAGGAGGGAGGGCGCGCGCGCGCCCGCGCGUGUUUACGAAUCGCGUCGGCUACUUGGCUGAUGAAGUGUCUCGUGUGUGAAGAGGAAAAGAUUAAUCGAGAGAGAUAUUAUAAGAGGAAUAGAGAUAGAGAGAAGUUGUAAAUCGGCAUGUCGAGGGGGUGCGUUUGGUGCUACGAUAGAAGCAUGAAGAUAUCGACGGCGAGCUGACCGUAUAAGGAUUUAUCAAGUUUGUUUUGGAUUUUGCUUGGUUAAAGAAGAGAAGAAAGGAAUUAGAAAGGAGAAAGAGGAGAAAAUUUGAUUUAUUGAUAACAGUGCACGCGUUGGGAGGAAAAGGGGGAAAAAAAAAGUGGCCGUGAUUAAGUGGAGGUGAUUCAAGUGAGAAAGAUAUAUAACGCAAUAUAGGAGAUAAAUCAAUUGGAAUUAUAAGCAACAAGGAUCAAUGUCCUUGGCUGUCGUAGACCUAAUAGAAAUAAUCCAAGAUUCGGGCCCCGUACGGGUGUCGCGCUAGGGCGGCGGCGGCGACGACGUCGUCCGCGGCGAAUUUAUCGACGCUCGAGGCCGCACUCGAGCUCGGCUCGAAGGUGGAGAGGCCAAGCAGCACGACGACGCUCAAUUUCACGGACCUGGGGAGCCCAUUCGGGGCGGGCGACCCCUGUCCGUCUAGUACCCCGACCCCGAACAGUAUGUCGGGUGGUGCCGGUGGUGGACCGUCGGGAGGCGGUCAAGCCGGUGGUGGAAACGCUGGAGGAAACGGUGGUUCCGACAUGGACCAACAUCUACAUCAUGGUGGACUUGGAUCGGUAACGCCAGGACCACCUGGAGCCGGUGGAAAUGCUGGAGAUAGUACGACAUCUAGUACACCAGUUUCCCAAACUGGCAAAUCUGCAUUCAUCGAACUCCAGCAUAAUAACCUGUAUAAUCCUGCCAGUUUACGGGGUGGAUAUCCAUCCGGACAUAACGUACCUGGUGCACAUCAAUUUUCCCAUCAGGUCAGCGCUUUAGGACACCAAUCAUCCGGACCCGGUAGUGGGAAUCAACAACACGCAGAACCUGGAUUUCCAAGUCCUAGGUCAGCGCUAGCUGGAUAUCCUUUCGGGCCGAUGCAUCAACAUAAUGCUUAUGGAUAUCAUCUUGGAUCUUACGCGCCUCAAUGUCCCUCGCCGCCCAAGGACGGUGAGUACCCUAACUGGUGGUGCAUGUUCGCAGACCUCUCGCCAUUGGGCGACAAGGGUGGAAGUCUCGUGGAUGAGCUUGGAGGUGGUGGUGGUGGUUCUUUAAGAAAUGGCAAGGGUAAAAAGAUGAGAAAACCAAGGACCAUCUACAGCAGCUUGCAACUUCAGCAACUGAAUAGGAGGUUCCAAAGAACACAGUACCUGGCAUUACCAGAAAGAGCAGAACUUGCAGCUAGCCUGGGACUAACUCAAACGCAAGUAAAAAUAUGGUUCCAAAAUAGGAGAAGUAAAUAUAAGAAAAUGAUGAAGGCGGCACAGCAAGGUGGAGGCGGUGGUGGUGGACAACACGGUAGUUUGCUCGCCGGUGGUACUGCCUUACCUGGUGGACCAUCUCCUCAACCUGGUCAACCAGGGAGUCUCAUGCAAGGAGACUGGUCGGUUAUGUUAACAGGAGGUGGAAGUUCUGUCUCGGGUAGUCCGACGACGGGAUACCUUGGUGGUAUGGGGGGCGGUGGUGGAGGUCACACCCCCGGAAGUUCGAGUCCCGGUAGUGAGAUGUCGCCUCAGCAUAACGAGAGCCCACCCGCGCCCGCCUGGCCGGGCGAGAUGAAGCACCAUCCUCAUCCUCAUGCCCCACCACAUACUCACCAUCAUCCACACACGCCUGGACAUCAUCCACCUCCACCACCUCCACCUCCACAUCACGCGGGUUAUAUGCCGCAAUAUUCUUGGUAUCAGGCCGAUCCUAAUCCUGGACUACUCACGGUGUGGCCGGCGGUUUAACGAAGACGUCCCCCGAAUCGAGUCGAGGAGGAGGAAGUUGUCCGCCAUGGUAUAGAGGACGUACCAGAUACUUCGUGGCGCCUAUCACGAAGGGAAAUCGCGUUAAACGUUAAAUAUCCUUUUUGAGUCGUUUUUCAAAGAAGAAAGAAAGAGCGAGAAAGAAUAGGGGAGAGAGAGAGAGAGAGAGAGAGAGAGAGAGAGAAAGAGAUAUAUAUAUAUACAUAUAUAUAUAUAUAUAUAUAUAUAUAUAUAGUAAGAGAAAGAUAACAGUGUGACGUGUGUGUGCCUGCGUGCGCGCGUUUGUUGUGUGUACAACCCCCCUUCUUCCCAUGUCGUAGAUGACAGAAAAAAAAAAGAAAAAAUAAAAAGAAAUCUAUUUACGUGGAUGGACGUUUCGUAAAUCUUUUUUCUUCUCGUUG